AUGGUUCUACAAGACAGCGAGAGAGCUCUGAUUCAGACUUUCUGUGACAAGAUUGCUCCUAAGGCUGAUGCUCUGGGAGUUGAAAUUAUGGAGAGGUAACAAUUAGCAAUAUUUUAUUUUACCCCUUGCAUGUGGUGAUCCAGGAGUGUCACCGUUUAUACAUCUGUAAGUCACCGCAGUUCCAACACAGAGGCUACUCAAUUGGAAUAUUUGCCAGAAGUCAGUGUCAGGGGAAAGGCAGGGCUUGCAAAGGCUGAAGACAGUUCUUUUAGUUUUUUAUUUAGCAGAACUCUUGCGACUUGUUUUUUGCUCUGUUUAGCAGAAUACACACGAUUUUACAGAACUUCCAUCUCUCUCCGCUUUCUAACAUGACAUAUUUUAUAUCCAAUAAACUCUUGUUGUCCAUUGUGAUAAAACUUGCUUUUUCCCCCAUUAGGUAUGCCAAUGCCUACCCACAAAUCACUGAUUACUUUAAAAAACCUGAUUCAUCCAUCAACAAGCCUGUUAUGAUAGGUCAUGGGGGCAAACUACUGAUUUCUUUCGGAGAUGCCAUCAAAAACUAUGACAACCUCAAAUGCUCAUUGGGGAGCCUCACUGACUUGCAUCUGAAUACACAUAAUGUGUCACGGGAACCCUACAAGGUAAGAACCCUUAGGUAGGGACACUCGAAGCACCAGAGCUUACAAUAAGUAAUACAUAGCACAUGGUCUUAUUGAACAUCACAUCUUGCAACUGCAGUGGUUCAUAAAAAUUGCAGCAUUAUUUGCUGCAGUAUGAGCCCACCCCACAGCGGGAAGCUAUGCUUCUAAUAUAGUCACCGCAAUCCUAUCAAUUAGCAGAAAUAUGAGUCUUCUAAUAAGCUCUCUAUUCCAAAAAUAUUAGUCAAAACCAGUUGAGCUUUCGUCUGUGUUUCUUCUCUACACAUUGAAGAAGCUUACUACAAAUGCUAUUGAUUAUUAUGGUGGACUGACUGAUUUCAAUAUAAAACACAAAUCCUUCAAUGUAGAUUUAUUAAAGUUUUAUUUCAACGUCACGGCUUAAAUGGCAAUUACUAAUGCAAUCAAGGGCAUUUACAUUAUGUAACAAAAAAGCUUUAAAUUGUAUUGACAAGAACUGACUGUCCUCUUGCUGCCUAUUAUAUCCCACCCAGUCGCCAUUUGUAACAAUAUAAUUAUUCACUUCACCUCUUAAUGGUUUUAAUGUUGUGGCUAAUCAGUAUAUAUAUAUAUAUAUAUAUAUAUAUAUUGGAUGGGGCUAUUAACAGCAACUUUUUAGUUAUUUUUAAAUUAAAAAUGUAAAUCCGUAGUAUUGAUUAAGCUGGGUGGGAUGGGGGUAACAUUAUUCUGGGCUGGUUAAUGACGAUAUCAGAGGUGACAGCAUUUCAAAUUGAAAUGUUGCAUAUCCAAAUUACAAGCACCAUGACCACUUUCAAUCACUGAAGUAUCCAUGGUGUUUAAUGGACACAGAUUCUAAAUGGAAGUUACACAUACAUCUUUAUUUGUAAACAAUGUUUUAUUUCAUUUACACAAAAGAUAAAACUAAGUUAAGUUAAAUGUUCGCAGAAACAUUGGUUUGAACUAGACUUUAAGGUUGUCUAUCAAAGAUUUAUAGAGCUUCAUGGAAUGUGUACUGCUAGGACUGCUGGCUAGGGAGACGUUCUGUAUUUCUUUAUGACUUGGCAAAUAAUGAUCACAGAAUUUGUAUUAAGUUAGUACUUAUUGCUACAUAUUAUCAUUGCAAACUCAUCACCAAAACUCAGGACGAGUCUUCUAAACAGAACCUUGAAAUUGUUUAAAGAAAAACAUUAAAAACCCCUUCUGUCACUUACCUGGGUCCAGCGCCGGUGUCCCUCGCGUCCGCCUUCACUCCUCCCCUGCCGACAUAAGCCUGGCAUUAGGAUUUCUUCAUAGGAAAGCAUCAUUCAAUGCUUUCCUAUGGGGUUUUGGGUUACACUGGAAGUCCUCAUGCAUAGCGUGAGGACGUUCAGCAUCAUUUAGGCGACCAAAAGUAACCUAAAGACUAAAGACCCGGAAGUCCCUCUAGUGACUGUCUGUUAGACAGCCAAUAGAGGAGGCGUUAACCCUAGCAGGUAAUUAUUACAGUUUUUUAAAGGGUGAUGGGACACUGCAGCCUGAUCACUUCAAUGAGUGCCUAUAGUGUCCCUUUAAGAAACACAUGUUGAUUCAUAAGAAAUGUUUUUCUACAACAGUUUAGUCUUUUAGACUCUGACUAAACGAGUCUACUUGACUCUCAGUCUCUCCCAACUCAGACCCUGAAAAUCAACUUCAGACAACAAAAACUGAAACACAAACAAAAUGGAUACAAAGUAAACCCACAGACAAAGUUAAGCCUCAGAAACACACUUCAGGUCCAGAAAAAAUGAAGUAAAAAUAUUGAGACCUAAACUUACACAUUUCCCAAAAUAUAUUCAUUAAGAAGUCGCUCACACAGUUUAGUGUUGAAUACAAUAUACUGUUUCCGUGACAAAAGCUAUUUUGCUCUAAUUAUAAUGCAGAAUGUUGAUGAAUAACAUGUCUUUUCUCUACAGCUCCUUAAUCAUUCAAUUCUAAUCACAUUCGCUGUUAACUUUUCACCUGAGUUCAAGAAUUAUCAGAUGGAAAACGCAUGGCGAAAAUUCCUUGAUGAGAUUGCUUGUGUCAUGACUAGUAAGAAUUAAAUCUCCACUAACAGGAAAUUAAAGGAGAAUAUGUAAUCCAAUGUUAAUCGAAGACCCCGGAAACGGUUACUAUGGAGAGCUAAUCUGUGUAUUCAUUGCAUAUUUCUCAUAAUAAUUACACAAAUAAAAAGUGAUUGGCAUUAUAAAAACCUGGUUUCAUUAGCUAUUUGAGUUUUUAUUUUAUUUCAAAAUCAUCUUUUAAUAGCAGCCACGUUAAAAAGCCGUAAUAUACAGUCUACUUACCUCACGAAUAAACUCCACAAAUACCAAAAUAUAACCUCUCAAGGGGCCCAUAUUCCACACGUUUGUAGGUGAAGUGUAGGUUUGGAGUGAAUCAAGUUUCCUUAGAAGGACUGGUAGAUACAGGAAUUAAAAUGUUCUGUAUGGAAUGAGGUGAGGACAAUGUCCAGUAUUUGGCUGUAGCAGUUUGCUGUUUGGCUAAGGAAAUAUGACACGUGUGCUUUUAUAGUUGAUAUACUGAGCUGAAAUAGGUUUCUGUAUCAAUAUUUGUAAGGAAAGAUGUAUCUGGGCCCACAAUUCCUGAACAGCACCACACACGUGGAGGUGAGAACUGUGGCCAGUUUUCAAAAUGGAUAUUAUGUAACAAGAAAAUAACCUGCACAGGUGAGCUACAGAAUAAAUAAGGGGAAUGAAAGAUGUAGUUACAGAGGUUAGGAGUGUUUACGCAGACUGACCUAAUGCAAGCUGUUGUCAAUAACAGGACUGGGCAAAAGAUAUAGCAUUCUCAAUUAUUCAACAGGACUGUAACAUUGAAUCAGUUUAGCGACGAUAAAGGGAAACGAGAGAAGGUGUAGCAGCUUAGGGGAGCAAUUAAGAAUCUAAUAGCAAGAUGUAGAUAGUUGAGCAGAUAAAUAUAUCUGAGGCAAUUAUUUCAAAAAACCUCCACUUAUGAUUAGUAUCGAGUGAAUGGGAACUAGAGUUGCUUUUUUCAAAAUAGGAAUUUCAUUCUUGCCCAACAAGGAAACUUUGAGAAAUCUGGAUAUAAUUAUAUAAGUAAUAUCACGUAAGCCUUACCUCACGACUGACUGGCCAGUGAGACACUAAAUAUUAGUUUUGCUUUAUCUCUACCUGUCACGGGUUUGGGGUGAAUGGGCUUUACCAGGUGGCCCAGGAUAGGAUCAUGUAUACAAGAGUUAACCAAAAUAGGUUCAGGCACGCAAGGAAUAACCAAGGCAGGUCCAGGUAGACAAGGGUUAACUAAGGCAGGUCCAGACAGACAAGGGUUAACCAAGGCCGGUCCAGGCAGACAAGGGUUAACCGAGGCCAGUCCAGGUAGGCAAAGGUUAACCAAGGCUAGUUCAAGCAGACAGGGUUUACCAAGGCUGGUUCAGGCAGACAGGGUUAAUCAGGGUGGGCUCAGGCAGUCAAUGGUUAACCAGAUCAGGUUCAGGCAGACAAGGGUUAAUCAAGGCUUUGGAGGCUUGUAACCUCUAGGGAGUUCACACGGUAACUGAGAAAAGCACCCAAGGUGGGUUUGGUUUAACCCCUUAAGGACCAAACUUCUGGAAUAAAAGGGAAUCAUAACAUGUCACACAUGUCAUGUGUCCUUAAGGGGUUAAAUAGGGUAGGGGGAAUGGAAGCUCUCCCACGAGGAGAAGUCUCUAGCCUUUAUAAGUAGAUGAGAUCUCUCCGGUCCUCUCUUUUUAUUAGAUGUCAUUCUGCUCCAUCACUAUCCCUAUUGCUAUUAAGAAGUGUAUUGUCAUGUAUACCUCUUUGUUUACGUUGUUGGCUGGUUCACUUUGUUUUGCACUGUGCGCACUUUACACUGCUUGCGUGUCUUUACCAAUGUGUGCUACUAUUUUCCCCUCCAGGACUAGUGAAACAGGUACAUCCUGAGGACUCUAUAAUAUCCUUAUGGCAACUUAGCCUUAUACCUAAAACUCCUACUCAGCACAGGCUGCCUACUUACCGAUAAUUACAUACCUGCAAUUUACCAUAUCUCAUUUACCAUUCGCGGCACAUUAGAAUUUCUUAUAAUGAAAGUAGAAUUCUUAAUGUAUAACUAAAUGUAUAACGGGUUUAAUUUGGAUUUAAGAGAAGUAGGUGGCCUUGUAGUCUUUCUGUAUUUCUUCCAUCUCUCUAGAAGUGUCUUUUAUAAAUACACUGAACUUUCAUAUCAACUCAUUUAUGUUACAGACCAGGAGUGGGGAAUAAGAUCUCUUAAUAUAAUCAGCCCAAGAUUAUUUGGUAGAGGAAAUAACUCCUGCUACAAUAUUCUCUUACAAAUUGCUCAACCUUUUAAAGUAUGUGUCCCGGUGGUUUAUAUCCCGGUGAUAAGAGAGUCUAGGAAAGAAUAUUAAAGAACCGUAUAUACACUCACCCUGUCACGACCACCUCCCCUCGUCCUGUCACACUCCAACCGUGCCACACUCUUCCCCAGCUCUGUCAGCACCCCUAACCCUUCCACACUAACCCUGUCACAUUAACACAAAACAAAGGAAACGGCGCUAUAGAAACCAAUAAUAAUUACUAUACCUGUCAGUCCACCAACCCUUCCACACUCAACCCGUCACAAUAACGCCUCUAAUACUGUCACACUUGCCUCUCAAUUAACCCCCCUUAAUCCGGUCACAUUCACCUCCCAUUGCCCUGUCCCACUCACUCCUCCAACCAUGCCACAUUCUCCCCACCUCCGUGAUACGCAUGCCACAUUCACUCUAUCGCAUUAACCCCCUAAUCUUGUCAUACGUACCUCCUCUCUCCCCAAACCAUGUCAAUCACACUUACGCCUCAACCCUGUCUUAUUCACCCCCUUGCUCUGUCUCACUCACCCUGCCACAGUUACCCCUUUAGUCACCCUGUCACCCCCUGAAGACAAUUAUUAUACACACAGUCAUAAAACAUAGCUUUGCCAUAAACUCAGUGCCCAAAAGCCACAGACAGGCACCUCACCCUCCCCCCUCCUACCCCACUCCACCCCCCCGCCCCCCACAGCCUCCCAUACACAAAACACUGCAAGCAGCUGUCCCACACACAAAUGGUCUCAGAGAAACAUACUUAGAGAUGCAAGGAUACUCACUGUCCGGGACAUACACAGGUAGACCAUGCAAGACACAAUCCAAAAUAUACACACUGUGACUGUGACUGUGGUGUGUGGUGUGUGGUGUGUGGUGUGUGUUGGGUUUUUUCUUUUUUUUUUUUAAUAUACACACAGUCCAACCAAAAUAAAAAUAUCUGUUUCCAAUAACCCCUUCACACCAGCACCUAUGUAGAAAGAAAUGUUAGGUUAUGCAACCAUACCCCACAGUCGUGUAUAAACCAUUAGCAUAAUUGCAAAUCUAAAUCUGUUUAUUGCAAACUAUGCCACCUACAAGCCUCUGAACGAUGUAUACAACUCCCAUUCUUUGCCCACAUCUUUCACCGUAGAUCAGAGCAGUACGCUUGUCUCUCAUGGCACACUGUUUCUUUCUAAAGUCACAAAACUUCCAGAGAUUAAUCAUGACACUGUGCAAUGCAGGGGUAGUCAACCUGGUCCCUACCACCCACUGGUGGGCAGUUAUGGAUUUCAGGUGGGCGGUGGUGGGUUCUGCAGAAACUGCCCAGUGGGCCUCGAUGGCCGUGGGCCAAUGCUGGCAGGGGAGAUCCUGUCAUCUCCCCUGGCGGCCCAUGCAGAGACAGUCUUGCAGUAAGCAAGCUCGGGCUGUUGAGAAGAUCAAAUAUCUUUCUCAUCAGGCCGCUGGCACUUUGUUCUAGCAGAAAAAGGGCCUGGGAGACUGUGUUCCUCCCAUGAGCAGACUUGUUGAAGCGUUACCAUGGCAAUGCUUCGAUACAGUGCUGUGCUCGUAGGAGGACAGGCGGACCAGCCUGCAGCCAGAGGAGCUGAAGGCUAAAGUGAACAUGCCACCACUGGACCACCAGGGCUUGCAGCAUUAUAUCCCUCUCCCUGGUAAAAGGGAAGUGUAGCGGAGCCCUAGUCCUGGCAGGGACUCAACUCCGCUGGUUAUAUCAAAGUAAAACAAUUCAAGGGAACAUUCCAGAACAAAUAGAAUAAUCCAAGAAUCUCCCACCUCCUCCCCAGCAACUGGACGACACACAGCUCUGAGGGUACAACUGAACUUUAUUGUCCCAUGCAAGGGGUUCCACAUACAAGAAUGCAGGAUUUUCAAUCCCAAGAUCCUCUGUGCCUGAGAGAUAAUUGCCUGAGAGAACGCCUCAUUUAAUUAUCUCUCUGGUACAGAAAAUCCAACAAUCUAGCCUGUACCUCAACCAUACCUCAGAACUCCAUGAAACAUUUCCUGAUAGCCACGAUCUGAGUGUCCAACAUAUCCAAGAAUCACUCAGAUCGGAUUGGCAAAACGGGAAUGGCAUUGUUUCAAAGUUUUGGCCGAGCACGUGACUCUAGCCCAAAACAGUUCCUGGGAAAUUGGUGCCCUGUGCAAAUACAAUAUAAGGGAAUCUCUUCUUUUUUUUUUCAGGAUACGAAUGCUUCCCCAGUUCUGUAGUUCAUAUUUCCCGAACGUCUCUUGUGUAGGUGGUCGGGAACUGGAACGGGCAGCGGUCUAAGGCUUACCGGUUGUCGUGUGAGUGCCUAGCUGAAAAGAGUUCCAGGUGCACUGCCCAUGUUCAGGAGACAAGAUGGCCGCUAUAUUCUCUGCCACAUGUUUGGUUAUACAAAAUGGCGGCCACCCAGGGCAAGCACUUAUUAAUUGUUUCGCACUUGAAUGGUAGGUGUCAACAUUCUUAUGGGGCACAGGGGUUGUCCUUGUUCGGGAGACUGUCAAGGCUAUACUCCUCAACACGCAAACCAGAGAACAAUAAAGGCGAACACAGAUAGACGUAUUACCGGACCUUAAAUUGGCCGGACUUACCAUAGGAAUAAGAGAUAAGAAUAGUCAAACACGCCAAGGUCAGGAAUACAAAGAUACGGGAAAACGAAAUAGACAGAGCCAAGGUCAGGGAGCCAGAAAUAAGAAUAAGAAGCCGAAGUCAGGAACCAGAGAAAAGACAACUACUAAGAACGCACUCUCGGGCUAGAAUAAACCACGACAGGGCAAGGAAGUGAUGUCAGAAGGAGGUUAAUAUAGGGCAAGUUGAAUGCGGAUAGGCAGGGACAGAAUUGAAGGAGGUAUAAAUAGAUAGUGGUAACAGGCCUCUAUCUCUUUAAAUUUGAGUCCAUGAUAUCCCUGUCGGCUACCUAGUGCACGCGCGCACGUCCCCGGGUGCUCUCCCAGAAGCGCGCGCGCCCCCGGAGACGCACGCGACGCACGGACGUGAUGCCCGCCAGCGAUCCACACCGCCCGAGACGAGAGGACGGACGGCGGGUCCGGGACGGCGCGGGACAGCAGGUAUGACAGAGACAAAGGGAUUCCAUUCAUAUGUAGUCUCCCGAACAGCCAAAGAGAAUCACACAAAAUAACAUGGGGAAAACACACGAAAGGUGGAAGUUUAUAACAGGGGGGUAAGGACAGCCAAUAAAGGGAAUAAGUGUCUAGCAAGCGUACAUUCUGUUACAGUAAGUAGAAGGGAGGGGGAGACAUUAAGAUAGAUUUUUCACAUCUCCCCCACCAACACACAUCAUAGACCCUAUGCAUCCUUCACAGACACAGUAUUUACAGAUGAAAAUGAAGGAAAUGGACCUCCGUUAGGAAAAAGGACAAAUUAGUCAUUUGUUACAUGUGAGUUUACAGAGGAAGAGGUUCUAUUUCAACUGUCAAAAGUAAGACAAAUAAGUCAAUGGGACCUGAUGGAAUACACCUAAAGUUAUUAAAAGAGCUUAGUGGUGUACUAGCAAAACCAUUAACAGAUUUAUUUAACCAAUCAUUGUUAACAGGAGUAGUCCCAGAAGUAAUGCUGUGCCCAUUCACAAGAAAGGUAGUAGGGAGGAGUCGGGCAACUAUAGGCCAGUAAGCCUUACUUCAGUAGUGGGGAAAGUGAUGGAAACCAUGUUAAAGGAUUGGAUUGUUGAAUAUCUAAAAACACAUGGAUUUCAAGAUCAGAGACAACAUGGGUUUACUUCAGGGAGAUCAUGCCAAACUAAUCUUAUUGAUUUUUUUGAUUGGGUAACUAAAAUUAUAGAUCAGGGUGGCGCAGUAGACAUUGCUUACCUAGAUUUCAGUAAGGCUUUUGACACUGUUGCACAUAGAAGGCUUAUCAAUAAACUGCACUCUUUAAGUUUGGAUUCCAAUAUUGUUGAAUGGGUAAGGCAGUGGCUGAGUGACAGGCAACAGAGGGUUGUAGUUAAUGGAAUAUAUUCGAAGCUUGGGCUUGUCACCAGUGGGGUACCUCAGGGAUCUGUCCUUGGACCCAUUCUCUUUAAUAUUUUUAUUAGUGAUAUUGCAGAAGGACUUGAUAAGGUAUGUCAUUUUGCUGAUGACACUAAGAUAUGUGACAGGGUCAAUGUUCCAGGAGGGAUAAGCCAAGUGGCAAAUUGUUAUUAUUUAUAUAGCGCCAUCAAAUUCCGCAGUACUUUACAGUGGGUGGACGGACAGACAUGUAGUUGUAACCAGACAAGUUGGACACACAGGAACAGAGGGGUUGAAGGCCCUGCUCAAUGAGCUUACAUGCUAGAGGGAGUGGGGUAAAAUGACACAAAAGGUAAGGAUAGUAUUAGACUAAUGACCGUUGCAAGAGAGGAAUCAGUUGGGAGCUAUUAACAAUUUAAUUGAUAUGCUUUUAUGAAGUGGGUUUUUAAUGAUUUUUUUUUAUUUAUUUUUUUAAGGAGUGGAAACUGGGUGAGCAAAUGAUUUAGGUAAACUAGAAAAAUGGUCAGAAUUGUGGCAACUGACAUUUAAUGUGGAUAAGUGCAAGAUAAUGCAUCUUGGACGUAAAAACCCAAGGGCAGAGUAUAGAAUAUUUGAUAGAGUCCUGACCUCAACAUCCGAGGAAAGGGGUUUAGGGGUAAUUCAGAUUACCUAAAGGUAGGCAGACAAUGUAAAAGAGCAGCAGGAAAUGCUAGCAGAAUGCUUGGUUGUAUAGGGAGAGGUAUUAGCAGUAGAAAGAGGGAAGUGCUCAUGCCAUUGUACAGAACACUGGUGAGACCUUACUUGGAGUAUUGUAUGCAGUACUGGAGACCGUAUCUUCAGAAGGAUAUUGAUACCUUAGAGAGAGUUCAGAGAAGGGCUACUAAACUGGUUCAUGGAUUACAGGAUAAAACUUACCAGGAAAGGUUAAAGGAUCUUAACAUGUAUAGCUUGGAGGAAAGACGAGACAGGGGGGAUAUGAUAGAAACAUUUAAAUACAUAAAGGGAAUCAACACAUUAAAGGAGGAGACUAUAUUUAAAAGAAGAAAAACUACCACAACAAGAGGACAUAGUUUUAAAUUAGAGGGUCAAAUGUUUACUGAGAGGGUAGUGGAUGCAUGGAAUAGCCUUACAGCUGAAGUGGUAGAGGUUAACACAAUGAGGGAGUUUAAGCAUGUGUGGGAUAGGCAUAAUGCUUUCUUAGCUAUAAGAUCAGGCCAGGGACUUAUGAAAGUUAUUAGAAAAUUUGGCAGACUAGAUGGGCCGAAUGGUUCUUAUCUGCCGUCACAUUCUAUGUUUCCCACACAGACUGCCCCCCUACACACACAGACUGCUCCUUCACAGACACAAACAUAGAAAAAAGUAGAAUAGAAAAAUAGAUAAAUUUAAGUGCAUAUUUAAAAAAGUAUAUACAAUUAGUUACAGCUGCCCUGGUGGGCAGUAAGGACAUUUUACCAUCAACAAAGAUACAAAAGUGGGCGGUAUUGUAUAGGUAUUACAAGGUUGACUACCCCUGGUGUAAUGUCAUGCUUUCUUGUUCAUCUGAGGUUUUAUUUACCUAAUUUUAAGACCAUUAAAAAAAAUAAAAAAAACAUGGAGUGAGCUGGGUUGCAGUGGUCCUUCUUGGGUUAAUCUGCAGUGUACAACAUUGCAGGUUUUUAGAAACUGCAAAUUUUGCAUUGCAGUGUUAAAUCCACCUUCAAUGGCUAUUAGAGACACCCAGUAGAGAUGCUGACAGUAAAACAUGAUGCUGAAGCUUCCAUAGGAAAACAUUGUUUUAGUACUUGAAUGUGUGUCCUUGAUGUUCCUCCUAUGAGCAGCGUUGGACUGGAUCAUCGCAGAGCAGGCUGUACCUCCAUGAUGUUGCAGGAGCCAGAGAGGUAAGUAGUGCUGAAUCGAUCUUUAAAUGGUCUUUCUAUCCAAAUGAAGAGCUGCUUUUUGCCUAGAUUUAUCAGGGCCCACCCACAAUUGUCUAUAUACUUCAACAGGCUUGAUUUAUCCCCAGACUACCCUGAUAUGCUUGCUCAUGGAGGAAAGAUAAUGAAUGCUCUCGGAGAUGCCAUCAAAAACUAUGAACGACUAAAUGAAUGCAUGGAGAGCCUCACUGACUUGCAUGUGAAUACACUUCAUGUGGAACAUGGUCCUUACAUGGUAAGAAUCCUACUAGUCUUAAAAUGGUGACAACAGCAUAUUCUCGGGAGCAGGAAAGAAUUUGUUCUGAAUUAUGGUUAUGAAUACCUACUAAGACAAACAAGCAUUUUAUGGUACCCACCAGGCAUUUGAGAUAUGCACAGCUAUAAAAAGUGUCUUAUUUCAAUUUGUUAAUUUUCUAAUUUCCAUUUUUCUUAAACAAAUGUUGGCUACAGAUAUUCCAAAGGAUACCAAACUGUUGUGCUGUUUAGCAGUUGGCUCCCUCAUUUAGUUUCCUAUAUAAAGGUACCAAAAUAAGGAGCAUCUUCUACUGCUGUCUGAAAUAUAAAAAUUUUAUAUAAAUAGAUAUGGAAUUUUAGUUGCUUCUCCUAAUUUUGGUAUCCUUACAAGGGAUUGCUGUAAUUAAAUGUAGCACAUUAGGGAGCUCUUCUGUUUAACAAACUCCCUAACUUAUUAUCUCUACAAAGGCCAUUCUAAGACUACCAUUUGUGAGCCAUCUACUAAAGCUGAAGACCAGAAACUGCUUUUCUUUUGGCAUUAAAGCUGUUUAGUAGAUGGCUCUAAUAUCUAUAUGGGGGAUUACAUUUUUAGGGAUGUAUCUACUAAACUGCUGAGAGCUCAACAUUAAGGUGAGUGGGGGAAGGGGUAAAGCUCCUUCCUUAAUUUUGUUUAGUUGCUUGGUAGAAAAGUUCAUAAUUUGCUGUUAUUGCAAAGUCAGUUUUUUGUUGUAGUUUGUUUUUUGUUAAAUAAUCUGCAAUUGGACUCUAAUGAUACAAACUAUUCAUACCCGUCAGCCAUUCUAACUCCAAAUAUAAUAACCAUAACCACUAAUGUAAUAAAGGGCUUCUACAAUAAGCAUUAUGUAACAGAGCAGCUAUACAUUGUAUUUACACAUUCAUUGUUUAGGUUUGUUUCUCUCUGCUCAGCAUGCCCACUGCGCUGUCUGUUUAAUAACUCUGUCUGAUAAUAGAAUGCCCUCUGUCUGUAUUCGUAGGUGA